CCGCUGACACUGAGCAUUGUCUCUUCCUCCGUUCUCAUCUCUCUCACUCGACUGAAGCUCUUCAAUACCUCGGUCCAUUCUAUACAGAGAGAGAGAGUGGGAGUGAGUCCGUGUUGUGCGUCUCCGUGCUUAUAUGUUUCCGCCACUGCGCCGCAUGUUUAUAAGUACAGAGCUCCCAACGGUUCUUUUCCUUUUAUCCGCUCCUCCUCGUGACCCACUCUGCGCAGAAACCUUCCCCCUCUUAUUCAGCUUUUAUUUCUGUCUCUGUUUCUAUAAUUCAGAGUCUUAUUUGUGUAACUCUAUUGGGCACUUUUUCCUCUCAGAUAUAUCUCAUUACUUUCUGCUGAAGACCCAUCACAGUUUUGGAUUCUAUUCUCUAGGGUUUAGGGAUAGCCUGUGUUUUUAUUAGAGGAUUUUGCAUCCUCUGUUUUUUUCUUCACAGGGAGAGAGAUAGAGAUAGAGAUACCUUUGGGUUUCUGAGAGUUUUCGUUCAUAGAUUUUCCCGGAUAGCUUGUUACGUUGUUCAAAAAUUGAAUCUUUUAGUAUAGUGGUUUUUGUAGAGCUGUUGUGUUCCUGUAAUUAAUACAUCUUAUAAUUCUUGUUUUUUCCUUUUUCCCAAUUUUGCCAAUAAAUUUUAUUAGCUGUACUGCCAGGGUUUAGGGUUUUGUACUUUCUGUGUUUUCUCUUUGCCAGUUCUCAGUCAGAAAGUGUAGUAGUGUUGAGCUCUUCUUGGAAUUAGAUUUCCCAGUUACCUUCUGAUUUCGAAGCUGAGGUUUGGUCUGUUUUAGCUCUUGAAUUGUCGUGUGCUGAACCAGUCCAGUAUCAAAGCCUGAAUUCAAUCUAAAUUUCGGGUCAGAUACGGUAAUACCUUUAUUGCCCACUUGUCUUUCUGGGCUCUUCUUUAUACCGAGUUAAAUCUGAGUUGGAGGCUUUCUUCAAUCCUUGUUAGUUCUUGGUUGUAGAAGCCUGUAUCCGGUCUGAGCUUGGGUCUUAGACCUCCAGUUUACACUGAAUUUCAUCUUCUUUCCGAGUAACUUUCACAAAUGUCUUCGUGUUUAAGCGGAGGCAGCGGUAGAACUUAUGCACUGGACCUCGACAUCGUAAAAUAUCCAUCCACAUCGAGUCGAACCUCGCAAACUUCUUCGCCUUCUUCGACUCUCUCAGAAUCAAGCAAUUCUCCGCUCACAAUUUGCACCCGAAAAUCCCGAACCCCACGAAAGCGUCCGAAUCAAACUUACAACGAGGCGGCAGCCCUCCUCUCCACAGCCUAUCCCAACAUCUUCUCUACUAAAAACCUCACAAAGCCUCGCAAAUUUACCAAGCAACAUGAUUCUUUCUUAGAUGAUUCUCCAGAGUUGCUGCUGCCCUUUCGAGUCAUUGAUAGUUCUGCUUUCUUGCUUCACCAACCAAUUCAAGAAAAGCCGAGUUUUCAAAUCCAAUCCAAGGUAACGAAUUUUUGCGACAAACCCUGUCAAAGUCCAGGGGAAGUUGAUUUGCAUGCGAGUUCGUUGGAAUUGUGUGAUGGGUAUGAGGAGGAUUUUGAUGCAGAAUCGAUUCUUGACGAAGAAAUAGAAGAGGGAAUCGAUAGUAUUAUGGGAAAUUUGAGUGUGGAUACCGAUAUGGUAGAUGACUUCAACGCUGGUUCCUCUUAUGGCAGUGGCCAAAAGAUUUCUUGGUACGGGAAUUCAAUCCCAGUGGGAUUGGGUUUUGGUGGAAAAUUCGACUUGGGGCUUGGAAUGAGAAUCAAUGGAGCGUUGAGGCACGUGGAUGAGGGAAAUUGGUGGGGUUUCCCCAUUGUGGAUAUGCAUCAAAUCUCUCCCAGAUUUCACAAGGCUUCAGUUUCUACCGAGAAGAAGAAGAAGAAGAAAAAGGUCGAGAAGUUGUCGGUCGGGGAGUUGAAGGAGAAGGAAUUGCCCAAAGAGAAUUCUGCAUCCCCGAAACCCAAUUCAGGAUUAUUGCUGAAACUGAAUUUUGAAGAGGUUUUGAACGCUUGGUCCAACCGGGGGUCUCCAUUUUCCGACGACAUUUCAGGCUCCGAUACGCCGGGGGAUGAUGUCUCCGCCAGGCUAGCUCAAAUUGAUUUGUUUUUGGAAGGAGGAGGGCUGAGAGAAGCUAGCGUGCUACGGUACAAGGAAAAACGGCGUACACGACUCUUCUCUAAGAAAAUCAGAUAUCAGGUCAGAAAAGUCAACGCUGAUCAACGGCCUAGAAUGAAGGGGCGCUUUGUUAGAAGGCCGAAUUCUGGCACAAAUGGUCAGAGAUGAAGAAGAGUAAAAAAGAGACGUGACUCUUGGGUUGUGAUCGUCCAUCGCCACCAGCACUCUCUGAGUUGUUCGACUAAUAUUUCUUGUUUUUUGUUUUUCCUAUCGUUUCUCACACCAAGAAGCUCUGGAAAAUGGAGAUUAGUUUGAGAAGAGGAGCAUUGAGAAAUAGUCAGGCAACAUUAGCCCAAGUUUAGGGUUUUAUUUUCUCUUUGUUUUGUAGUCUCUGGAAGAUGCUUUUGUAACAGAGGCAUACAGAUUUUGUUGGAUUCAAUAGUAGCACAAAUGUGAGAGGCAA